AGUAAACACAAACUCCUCCUUCCCGGUGACAGGCGGCAACACUGAAGCAUCGCCUCGCCUUUUCCAGGACAAUCUGCGCUCAGGACCUAAUGUUGAAGCCAUCGAGGCUGGCUGCUGUUCGGUGAAUGCUUGGCAUUGAAGUGCUCAGACCCACAACUUGCCUGCCUGGAUCCAGGGAUCGUCUCUCCUUACCAGGCUCACCUCCAGCUUCUGUCCAAUUUCUUACUGAAGACGCGGGCAACAAUGUGACAGCUGAACUCAGAACCAUGUGACCUGCUAUUAUGGAUUUAAGAAUCAGCAUACAUUGAAUCAACAGGCAUCCAGUCACAAUGGUCCCACUUCUGUUUUUGGUGGCAACCACAACAACAUCCAAUUCCACCGGCAAUGGCAACCAUACACAAGAAGACGUUACAGUCCCCAGCCACCACAUCCUCCCCACCGUGCUGGUCCUAUCCCUGCUGCUGCUCAUCGUUGCACUGAUGGCCUGGUACUUCCUCAGGUUAAAAAACCAGAGAAAAGCGGUCGUCACAACAGUCGACAAGAAGAUACCAAAUGGCAUCCUGGAGGAACAAGAGUUUGGAUACAGUACAGAGUCGUUAUACACCACUGUACCACCAGAGCAACAGACGGUGGUUCUUCUGCCCAGAUCCCCUUCAGCCUCUAAGACCUACUUCCCCAUCCCAGUGGACCACCUCGAGGAGGAGUACAGGCUCCGCUCUGCUGAUGAUGGCAAGCUCUUCAGGGAGGAGUACAAUUCCUUGCCAGGGGGUAAUGCCCAGGGGACAUACGAGGAGGCCAACAAGGAUGAAAACAAGGAGAAGAACAGAUACCCCAACAUUCUUCCCUAUGAUCAUUCCAGGGUGGUGUUGACUCAGUUGGAUGUAAAUCCCUGUUCAGACUAUGUGAAUGCUUCUUACAUUGAUGGUUUCACCGAAAAGGCCAAAUUCAUCGCAGCACAAGGUCCAAAAGAAGAAACUGUUGCAGAUUUCUGGAGGAUGAUAUGGGAGCAGAAAGUAGCAACUGUUGUCAUGCUGACAAAUCUGAAAGAAAGGAAAGAAGACAAGUGUUACCAGUACUGGCCAGAUCAGGGCUGUUGGACCUAUGGGAAUGUGAGGGUGGCAGUAGAAGACUUCACUGUCCUUGUGGACUACACCAUACGCAAGUUCUGUGUACAAUAUCAAGCCAGCGAUGCCGCCAAAACCCCCAGACUAGUCACCCAGCUCCACUUCACCAGCUGGCCCGACUUUGGAGUUCCUUUCUCCCCCAUCGGCAUGCUCAAGUUCCUCAAAAAGGUCAAGGCGGUCAAUCCACCCUUCUCUGGCCCUAUUGUGGUCCACUGCAGCGCUGGUGUUGGGAGGACAGGAACCUUCAUCGUAAUAGACGCCAUGAUCGACAUGAUGCACGCAGAGCAGAAAGUUGAUGUGUUUGGGUUUGUCUCUAAGAUACGAGAGCAGCGCUCACAGCUCGUUCAGACAGAUAUGCAGUACUCAUUCAUCUACCAGGCCCUGCUUGAAUACUACCUCUAUGGCGACACGGAGUUGGACGUGUCAUCUCUGGAAGGACAUCUGCACAAACUGCACAACACCUUUGCAAAUGGUGACCGGGUCGGCCUUGAGGAAGAGUUUAAGAAACUGACCAAUAUGCGAAUAAUGAAGGAGAACAUGAGAAUGGGGAAUCUUCCAGCCAACAUGAAGAAGAACAGAGUUCUGCAAAUUAUUCCAUAUGACUUCAACAGAGUUAUUCUCUCCAUGAGAAGAGGUCAGGAGUUCACAGAUUACAUCAAUGCAUCUUUUAUCGAUGGCUACAGACAGAAGGACUACUACAUUGCCACCCAGGGCCCUCUGCUACACACAGUAGGGGAUUUCUGGAGAAUGGUGUGGGAAUGGAAAUGUCACUCUAUUGUCAUGCUCACAGAGCUCCAGGAGAGGGAGCAGGACAAAUGUUUCCAAUACUGGCCCACGGAAGACUCAGUCACCUACGGAGACUACAGAGUAGAGCUGAAGGGAGACACUUUGUGUGACACCUUCAGUCUACGAGACUUGGUACUCACCUUUGUCCCGGACAAGCAGACGAGGGUGAUCAGGCACUUCCACUUCCACGGCUGGCCGGAGGUCGGCAUCCCAGCUGAGGGAAAAGGUAUGAUCGACAUCAUCGCCUCAGUGCAGAGACAGCAGCAACAGUCUGGGAACCAUCCCAUUGUCGUACACUGCAGUGCUGGUGCAGGGCGAACAGGUACGUUCAUUGCACUGAGCAAUAUCUUGGAGCGAGUCAAGGCAGAAGGCCUGCUGGACGUAUUCCAAACUGUGAAGAGUUUACGUAUGCAGAGGCCUCAUAUGGUCCAAACGGUGGAACAAUAUGACUUCUGCUACAGGGUGGUACAAGACUUUGUCGACAUUUUCUCAGACUAUGCCAAUUUUAAAUGACGAGAUUUGCCUUAAACAUGGUUUUUAAUGUUGUUUUCUAAAGCUGGUUUGUCAGUUUUAUGUGUUUCUUUAACUUGGUCAAAUUAUCUAUUUUGCUAUGCACUUGUCCUACCAUUAACUGAAAAUCCAUACUCGCUGUAAUAUAUUGUAUGUCAGUGGAUGAAAAAUGUAAAUGAAAAAGUUAGAUUAUUAAUGUAUAUUUCACAUCAUGUAUGAUAAUUAUUUUGUCAUGAAGUGUUGUUUCGAACUUGGUCUCCUAUUUCAGUUUUGUUGUAUAAUACUGUACUUUAAAUGUUGAUCUGUUAUUUUGGAUUGACCACGUAAUAUUUUUAAGUUGUAGUUAUUGUAAAUGUAUUUAUGUAUUGAUGAUGACAUUCCAUUCUUGAGUUUGGAGAACAUGAUGGGAAUGUUAAGAGUUUAUAUUUUAUUGUAAACAUACAGUACAUUCUUUCAGUUAUUGAUGCCUUCUAUCUGAGAUUAGAGGCGAUAUUUAAACUAUUUUUCAUUGUCCUCAAGCUACAUGCCCAUCACGAAUGUGAUACUCUUUCCAAUGGAAAUAUUGUCAGAAAUAAAAUUAAUUGCUUCAGCCAUAAUACAGAGAACGUUAAGUUAUGCAACAGAGGCCCAGGUGACGACACAGGGGUUGAUGUCCAAUAUGGAUUCAGGCAGUUUCACAGUUAGACGUAUCAUAGACUAGUGAAACACCAUUAAACUGGUUUUGUACCUCAUAAAAAGUGGUAUGCAACUGCAUUUAACAUGGAUGUAACAUUACUACAGUCUGCCUUUUGUCUGUAGACAGCAAGUAUUUUGCUAAAAUGACUGCACAUUAAAAAGCACAUAUAGCUACGCCUUUUGCCAAGAACCUGCAAUAUUCAAUAGUAUGUUUAUUGCUUUGUUUGUAUCACAGAUCAAAUGAUAUCAGUGCCAUAUGUACAUUUUUAAGACAUGGAAAAGUAGAACAGCCCUAAGUUGAAGGCUGAACAGCGAUCCUAAAAAAUAAAAAGUUAAGUGUGGUCGCUAAAUGCAGUAGAGCCAGUGAAAUUUCACAAUGUGUCAAGUCCAUAGUUAACCCAAGAAAGUAUUAAGUGUAACAUUAGAUUUGUUCUGUAAUGACAAAAACCACAAUACACACGUGGUGCUUCAGUGCCUGCUUAAUGCCAGAGCAACAAACAAACCACCCCGUACUAUCAGUGUUCAGUUACAUUGUAUGUUUUGGAAUACAUACUGUACGUUGGUUUUUUCACUUGGGUCAACAUGAGGAACCAGAAUGCUUCAUUGAAAAAGUGUGGUACAUUCAUUCAUAGGAAAGUAUCUGAAUGUGAAAGUUUUGCUGUGAAUUUCGGCUGAGGCAGUAACCCCCAUCCAUCUGGUACUCCAACAUUAAACCAAACAUUUGGAAUAAUUUGACCUAGCUCUGCUUUAAUCCUCAAUAAGAUGUGUAAUUUUGUUGAUGCUGUAUGUAAAUACUACAUGACAAAGUGCUAGCAUUGUGAAAGUUGCUGAUCAGUAAGGAACUGUCAAGUGAUUGGUCAUAUUUUGUGUGCUAUUUGUGGGAGAUGUGAGGUGCAGCAGAAGAAUUUUCCCCAUGGCUUCUUUUCUGUCUAUACCCAUCCUUUUGAGAAUAUUGAGGAGGGUCUAUAUAGACUAUAGCUCUUUGCCUUUGCUCUGUCUGUGGGUGGUCUAUCCCUUUUUGGAUUCUCAAUGUCUUUGAAAUGCAAGUUGCAAUAUUAAAGUCAUCUGAAAAUGC